ACGGCAACGGCAACAAAAUUAUUUAGAUUCGCGCUCGCGCGUUUAGUUUAUUUUGUAAUUUCAGCAAAAGGGAGAAACUGAAAUCUAAUCAUUUAUUUAAACUUUGGAGCAUUAUGUGAAAAGCCUUAUCGUUUAUCUAUUUAUUUUCGAAAUAAACUCAGAUCCCGGCAGAAUGACUUCGAUUAUUAAGUUGACCUGCCUCUCUGGUGUUAUUGAUGAGUCUCCCCCGUGCUAUGUACUCCAAAUAGACGAGUUUAAGAUCCUUCUGGACUGUGGAUGGGAUGAGAAGUUCGAUAUUGACUUUAUCAAGGACUUGAAAAGACACAUCAACAGUAUAGAUGCAGUGCUACUAUCCCAUUCAGAUCCUAUGCAUCUUGGGGCGUUACCAUAUGCAAUAGGCAAGCUUGGUUUGAACUGCCCAGUGUACGCCACUCUCCCGGUGUACAAAAUGGGUCAGAUGUUCAUGUAUGACCUGUACCAGGCACACAGGAAUGUGUCGGAGUUUGAUUUGUUCACACUAGAUGAUGUUGACAAUGCCUUUGACCGCAUUGUUCAGUUGAAGUACAAUCAAACUAUUGAUAUGAAAGGUAAAGGUCUAGGCAUCCGCAUCGUCCCCCUGCCGGCUGGCCACACCCUUGGAGGCACAGUUUGGAGGAUAUCCGCCCCUGGUGAAGAGGACAUAGUCUAUGCACCAGACUUCAACCACAAGAAGGAGCGUCAUCUCAACGGCUGCGAGGUGGAGAGGUUGCUGAGACCGUCGCUGAUGUUGGUUGGAGCUAUGAACGCCAACCAUGUGCAGCAGAGACGGAGGUUGAGGGAUGAGAAGCUGAUGACCACAAUCCUCAGCGGCCUCCGCGGCGGCGGCUGCGUCCUCGUCUGCACCGACACGGCGGGCCGCGUGCUGGAACUGGCUCACAUGCUGGACCAGCUCUGGAGGAACCGAGACUCGGGCUUGACGGCCUACUCGCUGUUGCUGCUGUCUAAUGUGACUUAUAAUGUGCUGGAGUUUGCUAAAUCACAGAUAGAAUGGAUGUCCAACAAGAUGACCCGCGCGUUCGAGGGCGCCCGCAGCAACCCGUUCGCGCUGCGCCACGUGCAGCUGUGCCACUCCGCCGCCGAGGUGCACCGGACCCCUGGGCCAAAGGUGGUGUUGGCGUCGUUCCCUGACCUCGAGUGCGGGUUCGCAAGAGACCUGUUUCUGCAGUGGGCCCCGCACGCUGUAAACUCUAUUGUGUUGACCGCUAGAACAUCCCCAGGCACGCUCGCCCGGGACCUCAUAGAACGCGGUGGAGACCGCACCAUCGAGCUGACGGUGAAGAAGCGAGUCCGACUCGAGGGGGCAGAGCUGGACCAGUUCCUGUUGCAGCAGAAGACUGACCUUAAUAAUACUGUCAAAGAAGACCCGGCCGGCAUAUCGUCAGACUCUGACUCCGAUGACUCUCUGGAGAUGAUGGUGGUGACGGGAAGACACGACAUACCCGUUCGCAGCGAUCACCGGACCGCGUCCAGGUUCAAGUCCAACAAGCGUCACCACGCCAUGUAUCCGUGUCACGACGAGCGGACAAGAUACGACGACUACGGAGAGAUUAUCAAGCCCGAGGACUACAGACUAGCGGAGAUCAUAGACACGGAGGGAGACGUGAAAGACGUGUCGCCCGCCGCGCCGCAGAAAAUGGAGACUGAAGAGGAGCUGCCCGAAAUCCCUCGCAAAUGCAUCUCCUACACGACACAAGUGCACAUACAAGCUCGAAUUCAGUACAUAGAGCUGGAGGGGCGAUGCGACGGAGAGUCCCUGCUGAGGAUCGUGUCGCAAGUGAAGCCGCGUGCACUAGUAGCUCUGAGGGCCGGCCCGGACGCUCUCAAGGUCUUGAGGCAACACUGUGAGGCGGAGGGCAUAGAGAAAGUAUACACUCCCAGUAGAGGAGAGACCAUAGACGCAACCACCGAGUCACAUAUUUACCAGGUGCGUCUGUCGGACGCACUGGUGUCAGGUCUGGAGUGGCGCUCCGCCGGGGACAUCUCGCUGGCGUGGCUCUCCGCCGUCGUGGCGCCGCCGAGGCACAGCCGCGAGCGACACCACGACCAGCAAGACGAGCCGCUAGACCUAAUCCCGUCUCUCGAACCGGCCCCCAACUCAGAACAUGCGGCUUCAUUCAUCAACUCGCUCAAAUUGUCCAACUUACGACAAGUGUUGGCCAAACACAACAUACGGGCCGAGUUCAACAAUGGAGAACUGUCGUGCUGCAAUGGAACUAUUGCUAUUAGACGGUUGGACAACGGGCGCGUGGCGCUGGAGGGCGUGCUAUCCGACGAGUACUACAAGGUGCGGGAGUUGCUCUACGAUCAGUUCGCUAUUGUUUAAGGAAGAAGGACUGUUUAGCUAUUGAACUGUCUGUAACUUACACUCGUAACCAAUGAUAAAAAAAUGCGCCUGUCUUAACAUUUUGUCUAAAGAAAAUGUCAUCCGCGCCCUGGCUCCAAUUCAAACAAAUUAUGACAGAUGUAUGAGAUUUUAGGACCAGCGCGAGGGUGCCAUUGUCUUGAGCGGUUGGGCCUGUCCUUACGCUAGUAAAAUAUUGGUCAAUGCCCGUAACUAUGUUUUUUUAACAUAAGCUGUAUUUCGAUUUACCACUAAGUGCCAAUUUCUCCAUUCUCGGUUAGAGCAUAACAAGGGAGUAGUGGUUAACUAUUGACACAUCUGUCAUGAAUUUUAUAUGGAUAUGACGUUUUUUGACGUUGCAUUUAUAAACCAAUCCCUGUCGGUUAUAACCGACAAUGGAGAAAUUGGCAAAGUUACCAGCGGCGGCGUUUAACGGGUGUUUAGAACGGUAUUUGACAGAUUUCUAAGGCAUUUAACAUCUGUAUAACACUGUAUAAGUGGUACAUAUGGACCAAGGGCUCCUUGUCAUCAAUAAGAAGAACAAUAGCUAAAGUAAAGUGCGCCAUUGUUGGUUGGAGUAAAUGAUUACUUGAUAAGUAUUUUUAAGUUAUGAAUAUAUGAAAUUCCUUGUUUGUAAAUAGUAUUUUUAUAAGUAAACGUAAUAAAAAACUAAAAUUUCUA